CACCAAACUACACAGAACGGCCUAGCCGUGGUGGGGUCACUGGUUUAAAUAGAGUGCAGGCCACCGAGUGUGUCAGUACUUUUUUUUCUUCUUCAGAGUCGCUGAUCGCCUGGUUCGUUUCGCGAUUACUUCUUUAUGAUAGUCUCACACGGAAUGGUCAACUCGACAAAUUGUAGCAGUGAGAUGGCCUCAGCUACACAAUGCACAUGCGGGAACAAGGACAAGACAGCUAAGCCUAAUGUGAAUAAAGUGACCAGUAGAUGGCAGGGUCUGAGAUGUAGACUUCACUCAUUACUCCCAAGCUUCAGACAACAAAGUUCCAGUCAAGUGUUAAAAGACAAAGAUAAAAUGGAUAUACCACGUGGUGGUGCCUGCAGUGCACCUGAAGCAGAUGAAUCCGUUUGUUUAGUUCAUUCAAAUGUAAAUAUCAACCCAGUUACCUCAGAUGUUACAGAUUCAGUGCUUUCAGCUUUACAACAGUCCAAAUGUGAUAACCUAUCUUUACUCCAGCCAGAAUGUGAUACUCCAUCUUUACAUCAUACAGAUUCUUGUCAUUCAUCACUACAGCAGUCAACUUCUGAUUCCGGUACGUUACCAGCACAGCUGCCAGAGCCAACUGGUGUUCAUUUAGCGGACUCUGUUCGCUCCUCUGCCCAAGAAUCCCCUCGUUCCUCCUUACAGAGACAGCAGAGAAUCUGGACAGCGUUGAACAUUGCGGAAAUGAACAACAAUUCACAGACCAGCUUGUCUCUCAAUGACCCGCAAGACGAAGCAGAGGCUGUGCACGAUGCCUCAGAUGAGGCACCAACAGAAGGGAAUGCUGUGUUCCUGUUUGACGACUUAAUUGAUCAUGACUACAGCACUGCCCAAGAAGAUGCCCUCUUCGGGGGUGUGCUCCGCUGCAUUCUGGACAACAUGACCGUUGGUCAGCUCUACGCCAAUUUGCACAAAAUUUCCCUGGAGGACAAGCAGCCAUUAGAUGAGGGUGAUGAUGAUGUGUUUGAAAAUGUCUGGUCAGAUGAUGAGACAUCUUUGUCUGCUCCUUGUACUUAACGAUAGUGUUAUCUAGUUAACAUUAAGUCUGUGUAUCUGUUUGUUCAAUAUUGUCGUGGACAGAUGUCAUUGUUUCAUUGUCUUGUUUGUUCCUUUUCUUGUAUUUUCAUUUUUUUUUUUUAAUCAAUGAUUAUUUUAGUGUUAGCAAAUAGUUAUUUCAGAAUGUUUCUUGAAGUCAAUACAGAUGUGUGAUUUUCACUUCAUUGUUGUGCUUGUAUUUAAAUAACAAAUAGAUCAUUGUCAUUAAACACAUCUUGUUUCAGUACGUUAGGUUCAGGCCUUCCUGUUUAGAUGUCUCUAAAUCAUUUUUGCCAUAGGGGCCUUAACAUCUUGCUCAGUGAAUCUUCAUUGUUCAAAUUGUCUGUCAGGGUAUGCACCAGUUAUGGCUUGACACAAUGCUAUCAAUUACAACUUGUCAUUGUGGAGGCAUUUGAUCUCAUUUCAUGUUCUGAAGUGGGUAAUGAAACUAUAACCUUGUAUAAUUAUUUAUAUUUAAACUUUCCUAGUACAUAGAUACUCAAGUCUAGAGCUGACUAGAUUCAAGUAAUUUAAUUGUGGUGCUAAAAUUGCCCUGACCUAUGCAGUCGAAAGAUGAUUUACAAAAGUUUCUUAAACUGCAUAUCAAAACUUUUAUGAGCUGCUGUUUUAUGAAAAUUUAUGUAUUAAAUUUGUUAUAAAUA